AUGUGUGAGAGAAUCCCAGCACCACCUCCCACUGCCAUUGUUGAUGCUCCAAGUACUACCCCAAGUACCCCCAUCCGAAGGGUUGUCAUGGCUCACGGUCCCAUUAUAGUUGGUGCAGGCCCCUCAGGCCUCGCGGUGGCCGCCUCCCUCCGCCGCUUGUCGGUGCCCUCCGUCAUCCUCGAGAGGUCGGACGGCAUUGCCGACCUCUGGCGCCACCGCACCUACGACCGCCUCUCCCUCCACCUCCCCAAAGCCUUUUGCCAGCUCCCCCACCUCCCAUUCCCUUCCCACUUCCCCACUUACCCCUCCAAGGCCGACUUCCUCCGCUACCUCCACUCCUACGCCCGCCACUUCUCCCUUCACCCCAUCUUUGGUUGCACCGUCGUCGCCACCCGCUUCGACGCCGCCGAGUCCCUCUGGCGAGUCACCACCGUCUCCGACCUCUCUCUCCAAUCAAACUCACCAUCACAGCUGAGUGACUCGCUCUCCGAGUCAAGCCACUCUACGUCGGAGCCGGGAGAGUUGGAGGUGGUGGAGUACGUUUCCCCAUGGCUGGUGGUGGCCACCGGAGAGAAUGCGGAGCCUGUGGUGCCCGAGUUGAAAGGAAUAGAGGAGUUCAAGGGGAGUGUGCUGCACUCUAGCGAGUAUAAGAGUGGGAAGGAGUACAAGGGAAAGAGAGUGUUGGUUGUGGGAUGUGGGAAUUCUGGGAUGGAGAUGUGCUUGGAUUUGUGCGAGUCAGGUGCAAUGCCCUUCCUGUCCGUGAGGAGUGGGGUUCAUGUGCUGCCAAGGGAGAUGUUUGGGACCUCUACAUUUGGGCUAGCAAUGAAGCUGCUGAAAUGCUUGCCAGUGAGGUUGGUUGAUAGGUUUUUGUUAAUGGUGGCCAGGAUGGUGAUUGGUAACACUGAGAAGUAUGGGCUAAAAAGGCCAGAGGUGGGACCUUUAGAGCUCAAGAAUACAACUGGCAAGACCCCUGUCUUGGAUGUGGGAGCCCUGUCCCUGAUCAAAAAAGGAAGGAUCCAGAUAGUACCAGAAGUGGAGUCCCUAACAAGCAAUGGAGCAAAGUUUGUAGAUGAAAGAGAGGAGGAGUUUGACUCUGUGGUCUUUGCAACUGGCUAUAGGAGCAAUGUCCCCACCUGGCUCAAUGACACUGAUUUUUUCUCAGAUGAUGGCAAGCCCAAGACUCCAUUCCCCCAUGGGUGGAAAGGGGAGGAUGGACUCUACUGUGUAGGAUUCACAGGGAGAGGACUCCUUGGCGCCAGUGCUGAUGCCAUCAGGACUGCUCUUGAUAUAGCUGAAAGCUGGAAAAAUUAUCCAGAAAGCAGGAAUUUUAUUCUCCAAAACACACCCCCAAGGACAAGCAAGUAG